AUGGAUGUAGCUCUCGAGUUUCUCGAUCCUCUUGUUCUGGAUAAAGCCUAUGCAUGGGCGUUACCUUCUUCCGACUUCAGCUUAAGCAACUCCUCAUAUUCCAAUCUUACCGCGGCCGCAAACACAGCGCUUAUUUCUCAAUGGCCGCGCGACAACAUCUAUCGUCAAAUCUUAUCGAUUCUCACCAUUACUCAGCUCGGCGCGACUUCCCUCUACCUUGUUUUCGGCGCCCUAUCGUACUAUUUUGUGUUUGAUCGACGGCUCGAGUAUCAUCCUCGCUUCUUGAAGAAUCAAGUCCGCCAAGAGAUCAAAUCAUCGCUCUUCGCCGUCCCCUUUAUCAACAUAUUAACCCUACCCAUAUUCCUGGCCGAGGUCCGUGGCAAAAGCUUGCUUUACUCCAAUACAAACGAUUAUGGCUGGCCCUGGCUGGUGAUCUCGGCUAUCCUGUACAUGGCUUUCAAUGAUUUUGCUAUCUACUGGAUCCAUCGCCUGGAACACCACCCCAGCGUGUACAAAUAUAUCCACAAGCCACAUCACAAAUGGAUCGUUCCCACGCCAUGGGCUGCGCUGGCUUUUCACCCCCUGGAUGGGUUCGUGCAGUCUCUGCCAUACCAUGUCUUCGUUUUCGUCUGCCCAAUGCAGAGAUAUCUGUACCUGCUGCUCUUCGUUGGUGUCCAGAUUUGGACCAUCUUCAUUCAUGACGGCGACAUGAUUACGGGCCAUUGGACAGAGAAGUUCAUCAACAGUCCCGCGCACCACACAUUACACCACAUGUACUUCACAGUCAACUACGGACAAUAUUUUACCUGGGCCGACACCUACUUCGGCUCGCACAGGGCGCCGGAGCCCGCGCUAGAUCCUAUCCAUGAUGCCCUCAAGGUAAUGCGGGCGAAAGGACUUGUGGACGAGCAGGGCAACCCAGUCAAACACACCAAAAUCGAGUAA